ACUCUGAAGGCAGAUCCAGAAGAACUGUUUACAAAACUGGAGAAAAUUGGUAAGGGCUCUUUUGGUGAAGUUUUUAAAGGAAUUGACAAUCGGACUCAGAAAGUGGUUGCUAUAAAAAUUAUUGAUCUAGAAGAAGCAGAAGAUGAAAUAGAAGACAUCCAGCAAGAAAUCACAGUGCUGAGUCAGUGUGACAGUCCAUACGUAACUAAAUAUUAUGGAUCCUAUUUAAAGGAUACAAAAUUAUGGAUAAUAAUGGAAUAUCUGGGUGGAGGCUCUGCCCUUGAUCUAUUAGAACCUGGCUCACUUGAUGAAACUCAGAUUGCUACAAUAUUGAGGGAGAUACUCAAAGGACUCGAUUACUUGCAUUCAGAAAAGAAAAUCCACAGAGAUAUUAAGGCUGCUAAUGUAUUGCUGUCUGAACAAGGAGAAGUAAAACUAGCAGAUUUUGGAGUAGCAGGACAACUAACGGAUACACAGAUAAAGAGGAAUACCUUUGUGGGAACGCCAUUUUGGAUGGCUCCUGAAGUAAUAAAGCAAUCAGCAUAUGAUUCAAAG